AUGAAGAAUCAAUGCCAACAUGAUCACUAUGGUCGAAGUAGAAAGGAAAUGGGACCCGGGGCCGGUAGUAUUUAUUGGGCCGUUCGGCAGCCGGGCCUGAUCGAGAGCAACAGGUCUGGAUGCCGUCUGUAUGUGGCUGAACUCAACCAACGUUUAUGCUUGGCAGAGCAACAACCCGUUUGCACGCAGAGAGACAGAGAUGGCAACAAGUUGUCAUGUGAGAUGGCUUGCAGUCGACAGGACUUCCGAUGGAUGAAGACUUUGGUCUUUGGUUGUUGUCUCCACGAUUGCAUUCAAUCAGGUCGGACGAGCGCUGUGCCCUAA